UUAUCGAUUUUAACAAAUCGAUUUUAACAAAUUAUAUUGAAAAGAUAUAAACUAUUAAUUUAUAAAAUACCUUAAUUAUAUUAAAUGAUAAAACGCGGGUAGUUUAUGUGACUGCUACGGAAUAACCAUUGUGAGGAAACAAAGUGUUUUGAACAUGGCAACAUCAACAUGCAAUGACUCGGCUUCAGAUCAGGCGGACAAUAAGCUUUUUGUGGCCGCCAUAGACGUUGGAUCUUCGUUUUCUGGUUGGGCAUUUGCCUCUAUUUCGAAUUUGAAACAGGCAAAAAAAACUAACAUACAUGUUAAGCCUUGGUAUUCAACAUACACUUCAUGUUCCACUGGAAAAACACCAACAUGCGCCUUGAUAAAACCAGACGGUGAAACACUGGACUCAUUUGGCUAUGAGGCAGAAAGACGAUAUGAUGAAUUAUUAUCAAAAAACCAACACGAGAAGUAUUUCUUCUUUAAACACUUCAAAACUCGUCUGUAUGUAAAGUAUAAUGAGCCGUUGAACACAGGAAUGAAGCUAGUUGACCAAUUGGGAAAGGAGCUUCCAGCAAUAAAAGUAUUUUCAGCAAGCAUUUGGUUUUUAGCCAAGGACAUGUUUUCUGAUUUAGAGAAAAGAUUUCAGGAUAUUCGACUGGGAGAUAUAAGAUGGGUUAUUACUGUCCCUGCCAUCUGGACAGACCAAGCAAAAUAUUUGAUGAGAGAAUCUGCUUUGCAAGCAGGAUUAUCAUCGGACAGUAUAGUUAUUGCUCUUGAGCCAGAAGCUGCAUCAGUUUAUUGUCGGCAACUUGAUGUGUGUGCUGUUAAUAGAGACACGGGUGUUAUGUUAUCCUCCUUGGAGGUUGGAAGUAAAUACCUAGUGCUAGACGCUGGUGGUGGAACAAUAGAUUUAACAAUACACGAAAUUGCACCUUCAAAUUGUGUUAAACAAGUUGUUGUUUCAAGUGGAAAUAUUUUCGGCGGAAAUGAAGUGAACAAUGAGUUCGAAAAGUUCUUAAAAACUGCUCUGUCAGAUGAAAAGUAUGAACAAUUUAAAAAAUUUGAAACUGAAGAUUGGUUGUUUCUAAUGGGCGAAUUUGAAGUGAAAAAGAAAUCUUUUAAUCCAGAAAAUGCCGAUUGUGUGAAUAUGAGAUUUCCGCAAAGUUUGAAAGAUAUCUAUGAAGCAGACAACCGAAAUACAAUUCUACGAAAGGUCAAAAAGACAAAAAGAAUUGAAAAGGCCUUGAACCGGACGGUCUUUGGCAAAGACAUUAUUAUCAAACGAGACAAAAUGUCCUUCCCAUCAGAUGUUUUCGUCAAGUUCUUUGGACCUGCUGCAGAAAUGACAAUACAACAAAUGAAAAAGGUAUUUGGAAACAUGCUUGGAGGAACAAUUUCCUGCAUCUUAAUGGUAGGUGGCUUCUCUGAAUGUAUCCUUUUGCAGCAAAUUGUAAAGUCUGAAUUUCCUAACAUUCCUGUUAUUGUACCAGUAGAGGCGUCAACUGCAGUGCUUCAAGGGGCGGUUUUAUAUGGAUAUUAUCCACCUGUUAUUCUAGAGAGGGUGGUGAAAUAUACAUACGGCGUUGCAGGUACUUCAGAUUUCAAACCGGAUAAACACCCUAUAGAGAAGCGUGUCGUCACUGAGUUUGGAGUUCAGUGUAACGAUAUAUUCUCAAAGCAUGUUACUCGAGGAGAUGUAGUAAAAUUUGACACGCUGCACAAGAAAUGGUAUUUCGUACAGAAUCGAAAUCAGACCAAGGUACAAAUUGAUAUAUGUGCAUCAGAACUUUCAAACCCGAGAUUUACUACAGACAAAGACUGUCAUGUUAUUGGUAAGAUCAUCCUAGACUUAUCUUGCACACAUGAUAUACGUAAUAACCCAAUAGAAGUUACAUUUGCGUUUGGAGGCACAGAAAUUACUGUUACUGCCGAAGAAGCGAAAUCAGGGAGAAAAGUUAGAACAGUUGUCAGUUUUCUUGAAUAAGAUUGAUACGAUUGACGUGAAGAAACAGAAUAAUAUUUUGUCAACAACACUUCCGUGGAUUAAGGUUAAGACUUAUUAAGCAGAAAACAAACUAGAUAUUUCUAAUGCCAUUGAAUGUAUUCGAAAGUAAUCUGGAAGUCUUUGUUCAGUUGUGUUUGUGUACAUAAACGUAGAUAAUAAAUGAUAACUGUCCCCUUCCCCUUUGUGGGCCUAUUAUUAUUUUCUUUGAAUUCCUAAUCAGUUACAAAUUAUUUAUCAUUUAUUGAUUAACGUGUCGUUGCCCUGUCCUUUUUAUGUUUGGGGUCCGCCUGGGCUCCUUGCCAUUGGUUCUUGUUGCUGGGUCAUAUGGGGGUUGCGUUCAUUGAACGCCGCCUUUCCUUGUUGAUCUUGUUUUUCAUAUUUUAGUAAAAUCCACGUAUUCAAAUAUAUAAAUACUGUUGGUAGAAUUGCUAUGAUAAAUUUCGAUUUUUCACCUUGUCAUCUUGAGUCAGGUGUCAAACAUCUGAGAAACAUUGGUAUCAGCUUAGCCUUUUUAUUUCACAAUUUAAAUACGAUUUGUUAUUAUUCCAAAUUCAUGAUUAUUAGUGACGGAUAGUAGUACAAUUUGAUAGUAAGUUACCUCAUUCUUGGCACCGACCUUGAAGUAAAAAAAAAACAGAACUUCAACAGGAAGCUAAAAAUAUAAUACGGAAAACCCAAACAUUUAGAUUUGUAUAACAUUAUUUCUGGGCGCAUACUAUGAUAGAAUAUUGAAAAUUGAGACAAUCAUCAUUAAUCGUAGGUUUAAUAGUACCUAAAUUCGUAAGCAUGUUUAUCGGAAGUUAGGGUCUAAAUCAUAUAGUUCUGUUAUUGAGUGUGAAGGCGUAGUCUUUGACUUAUUGCAGCAAUUAUUUGUUAAUAUUCAGUGGUAUGGAUGAAUUUCAAACAAACCUAUGUUUUCCUAAGAUAAGGAUAUUUGAAAAUAUCUAGCCACAUAUGUUUGCUUAUUGUAUUUACUACAUGAAAGACGAAAUAUUGUGUAACACAUAUAUGGUAUUCAUUUUUAUAUGAAUUUGCAAUACAUUGGCAUCGUAUUUUAGGCACGACAAACCAUUGUAUGCCAUUUAAAUGAUAUUUUUAGUAAAUCGACACAUAAUAUAACAUUUACAACAAAUAAACCACCUACAUAUUGCAUUUUAUUUCGUUUUUAAAGACCAAAAUCGUGUAGUUAGUGUCAUUUGUCACUUGAAAACCAUUUUGUAUAAACUCUCUUUUCUUUUCUUUUUUUC